CUCUCGCUCCUGCCGGCCGGGCAGGCUGAGGAAGGCGGAGGCGUCCCUCCUUUCCCGUCACGCCCUGGGGAGCUCAGUCCGCCCCGCAGCCAGGCAGGGAGAGCCCGGCGCGCCUCCGCCCCACUUCUGCCGGCUGCUAACAUCUGCUGCAGCCCGCGCGCUGCCUCCCAGCUCCCGGGCUCCCCGCUCCGCGGCGCCUUCGUCCGAGAGUCUGGCCCGGGAACUUCCCGCCCAGCCAGCCCCGGCUCAGAGCCGCUCCCCUGCCGGGAAGCCUGGUCCCCGCCCCCCGGCUCCGCUGUAACUUCGCUCGCCGGGCUCCCCCCCAGUUUGCCAGGCGGGACUCACUCACCCAAACUUUCGCACAGGCGCCGCCCCGCGGGGGGGGGGGGGCAGCGGCGCGCCGCGGCUCGGGGCGGGCUCGUGACGGAUCGUGUCCAAAGCUGCCGAGCGCGGAGGCCACAGCAGCGACUUCUGCCUCCCGGGCCCCGGCGGGCGGCGGGGGAGGGACGGAGCGAGCGAGCCGAGGAGAGGCGCGCAGGGGCUCGCUCACGGGUAUUCGCCGCCGCGAGCGCUCGCUGCCUCCCGGGGACGCCGGCUGGCUCGGCUCGGCUCGGCCCGGCCCGGCGCGGCGCGGGACGAGCAAAGGUCGCCAGCUGAAAGGAAGCCCCGGAGGGACCCGCGGGGAGGCCCAGAGCCACUGAGUUGCUGCGCUCGGCCAGAUGGCUGCAAAGGCAGGAAUGUUCCCCCUGGUCCUCACAUAUACAUGGCUGAGUACUCGAUUAAAACAUAGUUAAAGAGGAUACUGAAGCUUGGAAUAUUGUUUGUGGGUUCUAGGAGGAUGGAGAAAAACAACUACUCUUGUGUAUUCAGUCAGUCAUGGUGUCCCUCGAGCAAAGCUUUCUAGAACACUUUCCCAAGGAAAGAAGAUAAAGCAAAGUUCAAAAGAAUGAAGAGAUAUAAGUGUCCCUUCAAGUAUCCCAUGAGACAAAAGAUCCUGAUCCUGUUUUUAACGGUGUGGCUGCUUGCACUUCUGAAACUCCUCAAUGUUGAAAGACUCUUAUUCCCUCACAAAGGUAUUUAUUUGGUUGAGCACUUUUUAAGCACUUCUUCUUAUGUUAAAAACAAAUACUCCCAUCUUAGAAACGAUUUCCAGUAUGAAAUUAACUGUUCGUGUAUAUACGAACAAGAACCCGGUGAAAUUGGCAAGAGUUUAGAGAUAAGAAGAAAAGACAUCAUUGAUUUAGAAGAUGAAGACGUUAUAGCUAUGACCAGCGAUUGUCAGGUGUAUUAUACACUUAGAGGAUACCACCUAAAGCCCGUUUCCCUGGAGGAGGAAAGUUUCCCAUUAGCCUACUCUUUGGUUGUUCACAAAGAUGCAAUAAUGGUUGAAAGAAUCAUACACACAAUAUACAGCCAUCAAAAUAUUUACUGCAUUCAUUAUGACCAAAAGUCCACUAAUACUUUCAAAUGUGCUAUGGACAAUUUAGCUAAGUGCUUCCCCAAUAUUUUCAUUGCAUCUAAAUUGGAGAUAGUGGAAUAUGCACACGUUUCUAGGCUCCAAGCAGAUUUUAAUUGUUUGUCCGACUUGAUGAGGUCGUCGUUUCCGUGGAAGUAUGUUAUUAAUUUGUGUGGUCAAGACUUUCCUUUGAGGUCAAACUUUGAAUUGGUAUCUGAUUUGAAGAAACUCAAUGGAGGAAACAUGCUGGAGACCGUAAAGCCAAGUAGCAGCAAAAGGGAACGAUUCACAUAUCACUAUGAACUUGAGACAGUGCCUUAUAAGUACAUGCAGAUGCCUGUAAAAACCAACAUUUCUAAAGAGCCACCACCUCAUAACAUUGAGGUUUUUGUAGGCAGUGCCUAUUUUGUUUUAAGUCGAGAAUUCAUCCAAUAUACCUUUGAAAACUCUCUUGCUAAAGAUUUUUUUGAAUGGUCCAAGGACACUUAUUCUCCAGAUGAACAUUUCUGGGCAACCCUUGCACGUCUGCCUGGAAUACCUGGGGAGAUUUCAAGGUCAGCUCAAGAUAUAACAGACCUGCAAAGCAAAACACGCCUGGUGAAAUGGAAUUACCUGGAGGACCACUUAUACCCUCCUUGUACUGGUACACAUCUUCGCAGUGUGUGCAUCUAUGGAGCUUCAGAAUUAAGGUGGCUUAUAAAUUAUGGACACUGGUUUGCCAAUAAAUUUGACUCCAAAGUGGACCCUGUUUUAAUAAAAUGCUUGGCAGAAAAACUUGCCGAACAACAGAAGGAAUGGGUUGAUUUGUCUUCUGAAAGCUCUUUCAUGCACAGAAGUUCUGCAGAUGUUUCACUAUAGCAGUACACUCUACUCAGUAGUCAGUGUUAUCCAGAAUCUGAUGCUCCAUAGCCUUGACUUUGUACAGUUGUUUAUGGGGUGUAAAAUACUACCAAAUCAGAAUGCUCCUUCUGUACAAGUGUAAAUGACUACACAAGGUGCAAUGGAGAGUCAGCCCCAGACGUGAUGUUAUAUGUCAUGCCCUUUAAGGAUCAUUGUAUAAAUCACCAAACCAACACUGUGUCCUUAAUGUCUUUCAAGGUGAUACUUAUAAAAAUAAACUCCACUUUUGAAUGUUUUUGUGGGGAACUGUGGUAAUGGAAUGCUUCAAAUUGAGCCUCCCUGCGCAAUAGAUAGGAUAAUUCCUCAUGUCUGUCCUCCUUAUUCCCCUCUUCUUCUUUAAAAGAUUUGAAACAUAGGAAGGAAGAUGUCCAGGUCUGCUACCUCAGGAAAGCUGGAAGGAAAAAAACCCAAAACUCAAAUGAGUCUAAAGAGAGAGUCUGAUGACCAUUGAGCCAUAGGGCUGAUCCUGUGAACCCUCCACUCCCAGUUAGUGGGAGAUGAUGGUGCUUAGCCAUUUGCAGGAUUGGACCCAUAACAAUGAUUUUUGUAAUGUGAAUAUGGUUGGAUGAUAGAAGAAAGAUCCUGGAACCUUGUCCACUGCACUGGAAGUAGCAGUGUUCUCGCCUAGCUGUCUGUCUCCUGUAUUUAGUUUUCCUCUCUAUUAAUUUUAUGCUUCCAUACACUUUUCCAUACUUGUGAAUUUUGUGAUGGUUGAUAGAGGCAGCAUUACACACGGCAAUUCUUUUGAAGUCUGUACAUACUCGUCGGAGAUGACAGCUUUCACAGCUCUACCUAACAGAAAUCAGGGCUAGAAAACGUAUUAUUCUAGUUCAGUUGCCAUCUCCUCCAUUAGAAACAUCCUCCUGCAAAACCACAGUCAUUCCGGUCAGGGACACCAUUUUAGGAUGGUGCACUGGGUCUAUGUAGCUACAGUAGGUAACAAAUGCAGCUUCUAAUUAGCAUUCAACAGUUUGGUAUUACAUUAAA